CUAGACUUAACAGAAUUGUAGCGUGAAAAAGGAGCUGAAACUAGCUCACAGAAGCUGGGAACCGCAGGAGAAUGCCGAGCCGAAUCGAGCGUCCUGGAACAGCGACCAUAGCACGCUCGCUGAGUCGAAUUUCAUCGUGGAUAUUAUGCUCGAUAUAAGCCAACCCAAUGGGCUUCGUAAGCUCAUUCCAGCUCGCGCGAAGUUAGACACUGGCUGCGAUGUCAACCUGAUCUCCGAAGAUUUUCUCAGGAGAGAGGGCGUAAAAGACGACGAAGUUAAGAUCCUGGAAGAAGAACGCAAGCUUCGUAGCUUCGAGAACACUCGAUACGCGUUCAACAGAGUGGUCACGCUUUCGUUUUAUCUUGACAGCAAAAAGAAAAUUGAGGAGUUCUACGUCAAGCGGGAUGAUAUCUUCGAUAUCUUCGAGGUCAUCCUCGGGAAUGAAUUCAUCGCCGAGCUCUUAGUCGGGAAGAAAUCCUGGAGAGCUCCUGAGCCAGAUUUGGCUCUCAUACUAAGUCGUGCAUGGAAGUCCAAAGGUAAGUAAUAGUCCUCGAUAACGAUAGGUGUGACUUGGACUAACUUUUUUAGCAGAGCGCCAGAAGAU